AAAUCCGCGCUUAGCCCUAACUGACAUAAUCUUGGAGUAUCGAAUUUCCACGCAAUAAUCUCUAACCUACUCAAAGAAACGUUGGAAAUACCUACUACGUACUACUGUACCACAUACUAACUAUGUAAUACAUUUUCGGUCCUGUGAGAUCUUUGAGCUUAUAUUGCGGGGUUAACUUACAUAGGAGAUGGACCGGUCCUACCCGACUCCCAAAGCUGACAUGUGAUCGCCCGUAACGAACUUCACCUUGCAACACCCGCAGGUUUCAUCCCAUGUAUCCUUCAUUCUUGCGCACGUCUGGAACCUGGCCCAGACAGAGAACGGUAACCCACUGCAAAUAUGACAAUGGAUUCCUAUCGAUCUACCACGUCUCACAGUCCUUUUCGGUCGCGACGCUCACACCCAGCUUUGAAUCAUAUAUCCCUCGCACCGCUUACGCCUCGAUUUCCAAUUGAUGAUCUUCCCGACAGUGAUGACUAUUUUUCAGGCAACCAUGGACAAACUACCUCGUACCUUUCCAGCUCAUCGGUACCAACUACACCGCCUAUUCUAUCGCAUUCACGCGCCAACUCCCGCACACGACAUCAUAAGCGCAGUAAAAGCACAACACAUGUCUUGAGCGAUACCGACCUCCAGAGUCUGGGAGGGAGGCGCCCAUUACAACAAUAUUACGGUGGAAAGAGAGGGGGUGCACGAACCCCCGGGCCCGAGACGAAAACCCGCCAUGACUCUGAAUGGUUGCUUCGAGCAGGACUUGCUCUUGCUUCAUCAACUCGGGAGGAGAAAGGCCAAAGCUGGCUGUUGAAGCGAGAGAGCUCGACCAGCCUUGUUACGGAGCCGGAACCGGCUGAAAUCCGGAGCCAUCGUCAUGGGAGAAGCACCCAUCGAUCUCGUUCCGGUCUGUCGACACCCGCAGCGCUAUCACGACAAACGUCGCGGUCGCGUGGAGGCAGUCGACGGGCAAGUCGCGCGGAGCUUUCCAUGACGGCAAUCGAUGCGGUCGCUUUUAAGCACUCGCGCAAGUCCAGUAUCGACAGCCGGCACUCCCUGCUCCCCGACUUUGUGGACGAGCAGAUUCGGGCUGAAAUUGCGUCUAUUCACCAGCAAGGCCUUGAAGACGAUUCAUCCCUUUCGUCGUCCGAGUCGGAUAGCGAGCUAGACGACGACAUUGAUGAGAAGGAGUUCCAGCGUCUCACUCGAGAACGGGGCUUCGGUCUCGGCAGCUGGAUUGACCAGUUCGUCGGCUGGACGCUGUUUGGCGUGGAGGAAGAUUACGCCGGCUCACCGCCAGAACAACAUGCCGAGCGGACAGUGACGUUCCAUGAGUCUCCAUCUUCUCGGGGCAUAGACAGCCACGUGGACGACGAAGACGACGGGGAUGGCGAGAACGAAUUCACGGAAGCAAUCGCGAUCGGAAAGGCGGGUGAGCAGGGGGGUUGGGAGGACGCAAGCUGGUUCCUCCGACUGGCAAAAAAGGCGAUUGUUUGAUCCCUGGCGGUGUUCCUGAAAUUGGCGGGGUUGGAUGUAUUGAACAUAGUAUACGUAAGCAUUGUUUUGAAUCAAUCAUCACAACGAUCUACAUGGUCGCAUGACAUCGCAGCAACAUCGUUUACAAUAUCAAUAUGUAUAGCGACGUGCGACACCGCAUCA